AGGAUUGAAAAUGCCCCGCGCAGACCUCAAAAUCUUCAAUCUCGCCCAAGACAACAUUCACGCCAGAGUGAAUCUCGAAAGCUGUUCAAUUGUAAUCGAUUUUGGCACUCUUUCACUAGAUUGUCAAACUAACAUCUUAACGGAACCACAUUUUACGAGAGCUUUUUUCGACUAAUUUGGAUUGUUCCAUUAAAUUCUGUACGUAAACAAACCUAGGUUUGCCACGUUUGCAGGUCGAAUCUCUACCACACUACUACUUUUUUCGUUCUGAAAACUCACGACAAAUCGCAACAACUACCCCGGUUUUCAAAAAUGGCGCCAAAGAAGAAGAACAACAAGAAGCAGAAUGAUGACUGGGAGGCGGAGUUGGGAGAGACCGUUGAGCCUGUCAGUGCAAAGGAACCUGAUGCUGAAACCGCCGAGGCCGACCCUGAGGAGGAAUUUCCAGCAGGAGGCCUCAUGGCUAUGAUGCGCAAGAAGCAAAAGAAAGGCAAGAAGGGAAAGCAGAUAGAAGAUUUUGUUGAGGGGGAGGAUCCCCCAGCCGCGGAGGAACAACCUCAAGACGAUUUCGCAGACAAAGCUCCCGUUGAAGCUUCGAUAGACGAUGAAUUCGCUCUGCCAGAGAAAAAGGGAAAGGGAAAGAAUGCGCAGGCUAAGGCUGCGAAGAACGACGAGGCAGGAGAUGACGAUUUAGGUGCUGAUGGAAAAAUGCUUACCAAGGCGCAAAAAGAAAAAUUGAGGAAAGAGAGAGAGAAGCAGAGGAAGAAGGAACAGGUACGUGGAUACCAGGCCUUGAGGUUCUUCGAGGCAUUUGCUGAUCUUAUCAUUUGUAGGCGGCUUUGAAAAAGAAGACAGCCCCGGCUGGAAAGGCUGCUGAGGUUGAGAAGCCGGUGGAGGAAGUGAAACAAGUAGAGGAUGCACCCGCUCCUGCUGCAGGUGGUAAAGGCAAAAAGCUACCAGCUGCCCUUGCGAAGCUACAGAAACAACAGGAGGAACUCAGAAAGCGGGAAGCAGAAAGAGCUGCUGCGAUUGCAGCUGAGAAGGCUCGAAUUGAAGAAGAGGAGCGUCGAGAAGCUGAAGAGGAAAAGAGGCGCGAAGAGGCUAGAGCUUUGAAAAAGCAAAAGGAGAAGGAGAAGAUUGAACAACAGAAGAGAGAGGGUACUUAUCUCACCAAGGCCCAAAGAGAGGAGAAGUUACGAAACGAAAUGAAGCUAAAGCAAAUGAUUGAUGCCGGUGUAAAGGUGGGAGGUGGAGAGGGAGGAGAAAAGAAGAAGGUCGUUUACGGCAACAAGAAGAAGGGUGGAAAGAAGAACCCUGCCGAAAUCAAGGCUGAUGAAGAGAGGGCUCUUGCUGAAGCCGCUGAACGUGCGAAGAAGGAGGCCGAGCGAAUUGCGGCGGAAGCGGCAGCUAGAGCAGAAAGGGAGGCUGCUGAAGAAGCCGCCAAGAAAGAAAAAGAGGACAGUGAAUUAGAAGACUGGGAGGCGGCUGCAGACGAGGAGGAUGUCAAGGAAAGCUGGGAUGCGGACUCUGACGAGGAAGGGGAGAAAAAAGCUGUCACUACUUUACCAACCAGGGCGAAGGAGCAAGAAGACUCCGAAUCUGAAUCCGAAUCGGAAGAUGAUGAUUCUUCUGAAGACGAAGAAGCCACAGCAAGAGAACUGGCCGAGCAGAAAAGAAAGGCAGAGGGCGCUGACAGACGUAAAAAAGCACAUGAAGCCGCAAUGGCAGCCAGAUCGGAGGAUAACCUGCGCUCUCCUAUUUGCUGUAUUCUUGGACACGUCGAUACUGGUAAAACUAAGCUUUUGGACAAGAUUCGACAAACCAACGUGCAGGAAGGAGAAGCUGGAGGUAUUACACAACAAAUCGGUGCGACUUACUUCCCUGUCGAGGCUAUCAGGAAGAAGAUUGCAGUAGUAAACAGGGAUGACAGCUUUGAACUCAAAGUUCCCGGUCUGUUGGUUAUCGAUACCCCUGGACACGAAUCUUUCUCUAAUUUACGUUCCCGUGGAUCGUCACUUUGUAAUAUCGCCAUUCUUGUUGUCGACAUUAUGCACGGUCUUGAGCCCCAGACUUUAGAGUCGAUGAAACUCCUUCGAGAUAGAAAGACUCCUUUCAUUGUUGCUCUCAACAAGAUCGAUCGUCUAUAUGGCUGGAAGAAGGUUGAUAACAAUGGAUUCCAAGAAAGUUUGGCACUCCAAAAUAAGGGUGUUCAAAACGAGUUCGCGAAGCGUCUGGCCGAUACCAAGCUUGCUUUCGCCGAACAAUCAUUCAACGCCGAAGUUUUUUACGAGAACAAAUCUAUGGCUAGAAAUGUUUCCUUAGUUCCAACAUCAGCUCACACUGGUGAAGGUAUUCCAGAUAUGUUGAAGUUGAUUCUCCAACUCACCCAAGAGCGUAUGGUUGGUUCAUUGAUGUACCUUUCCGAAGUUCAAUGUACAGUCCUCGAAGUCAAGGCCAUUGAAGGGUUUGGCAUGACUAUUGAUGUCAUUCUAUCCAACGGUAUUCUCCGAGAAGGUGAUCGCAUCGUAUUAUGUGGUGUCGAUGGAGCUAUUACUACAAAUAUCCGAGCGCUUUUGACACCAGCCGAGAUGAAAGAACUUCGUCUAAAAUCUCAAUAUGUGCACAACAAGGAGGUCAAGGCCGCGCUCGGUGUCAAGAUUUCUGCACCAGGUCUCGAAGGUGCUAUUGCAGGUUCAAGAUUGAUGGUCGUUGGUCCUGAUGAUGAUGAGUCAGAUAUCGAGGCUGAGGUUGAGUCUGAUCUUGGUGCCCUCUUUAGCCGAGUUGAGAAGUCUGGUCGUGGUGUCACUGUUCAAGCAUCGACUCUUGGAUCUUUGGAAGCUCUUCUAGAUUUCUUGAAAGUAUCCAAGAUUCCUGUCGCCAACGUCGGUAUUGGUCCAGUCUUCAAGAGAGAUGUCAUGAAUUGUGGUACGAUGCUUGAAAAACAAAAGGAAUACGCGGUCAUGCUCUGUUUUGAUGUUAAGAUCGACAAGGAGGCCCAACAAUACGCUGAUGAUCAAGGCAUCAAGAUCUUCACUGCUGACAUCAUUUACCAUCUUUUUGAUUCUUUCACGAAACACAUGCAGGUUAUUGCUGAGGCUAAGAAGGAAGCCGCUAAGCUUUUGGCAGUCUUCCCCUGUGUUCUUACACCUGUAGCUGUCUUUAACAAAACAGGGCCUAUUGUCAUUGGUGUCGAUGUCAAAGAAGGGAAUCUUAGAUUGCAUACACCUAUUGCAGCUGUCAAGAAGAAUUCAGUCACUGGUGCUAAGGAAAUCGUUGGUAUUGGUAGAGUGUAAGUUUUCAUUUCUCUACGCUCAUAUUAUGAUACUAACCCUAUAAACCUUUAGUACAUCUAUCGAACGUGACCAUAAGCAAAUCGAUAUCUGCAAGAGAGGACAACCAUCUGUCGCCAUCAAAGUCGAAAUGGGCAGUUCUCAACCGGCAUAUGGUAGACAUUUGGAAGAAGAGGAUACAUUGUAUUCAUUGAUUAGUAGACAGAGUAUUGACACCCUGAAGGAAUUCUACAGGAGCGAUGUCAGUAAAGAUGAGUGGGAACUCCUCAGAAAGUUAAAACCACUUUUUGACAUUCCUUGAGACCUGCGUGUAUAAUAUUAGCGUUGUGUUUGGGGAACCUAAAGGAUGGAAAUGAGGUACAAAAAGAGCUUUGCAAAUUUCAAUUAUACAAUAUUGCAGUUCCUGUCGGUAGAGCGUGUAUGAUACAUUAGCAUCAAUACCAGAAGAUGUCACGAAAAUUAACAU